CAAAGAAACCAACCAUCUUCUUCUUCAUGAAUCACUUUUCUGCUAUUUAACACCCUCUGCAAAUUCAUUCUUCAAUAAAAUCCUUUCAAUCUCCAAUUCUCAAUCCCACGUCGCCAUGAACACUCGAACAAGUUCAGGAUCAGAGAUUCUCAACACUCGCAUCGAGAUUAAGCAUUCGUGGAUUCAUAUCAUCUGUCUUCUUCUUCUUCUUCUGAUUUCAUACUCUAGAUCAGAAUCACAGAUCAUCACCAUUGAUGUUCACAAAGCAAACGAUCUUCUCCGUAAUGGCGACUACCGUUACCUUGACGUUAGGACUGUGGAAGAAUUCGAGAAAGGGCAUACCGAUUUUGAUGACGCUCUUAAUAUUCCUUAUAUGUUGGAUACCUCUAAAGGUAGGGUGAAGAAUACCAACUUCAUGGAACAAGUACUCCUAUUAUGUAGCAAGGAUGAUCAUCUUGUUGUGGGUUGUCAAUCUGGGAUUCGUUCUGCGUAUGCAACAACCAUUCUUCUCGAUGCAGGAUUGAAGCAUGUAUACAACAUGGGAGGAGGGUAUCUUGCAUGGGUAGAAAAAGGGCUACCUGUGGCUAAUAAGACACCCAAAGUGGAGCUCUAAUCCCUUCAUUUGGAUCUUUAUUGAUUGGCUUAUGUACACUUGUAUGUUUGUAUUCAAUUUUAACAUCUCCACAUUAGGGAACAUUAUUUAUCAGUUUCAAAUUAUCUGAUUCAUCAAGGACUUUGAACCCUUGAUCGUUUUUAAUUAGUGUUGAUCUUAUGGUUCA